AUGCCAAGCUCUAUCAAUCAAGGCUCCCUCCGCGUACGGCAAACAAUCCAACAACUUCCUAUCCCCGCUCGAAAAGGCUACAAUGCGACAUUGAACUCAGAAUACAUCCAGGACAUUGUCAAUGCAAUCGGCACAUGGGGCUGCCAACGAUUGAUCAUAGUACACUCCAAAGCCCUGGACGAGAACACCGAUGUUAUCAAGAAACUGAAAGAGAAACUGGGCUUUUUUGCAGUGGCCUCCAAGUCUGGUGUCGGCGCACACUCCCCAUACGAUGAUGUGCUGGAUAUAACAAGAUUAAUAUAUGAGAACAAUGCAGAUUGUGUAGUCAGCAUCGGAAGCAGCAGUUACUCGGACGCAUGCAAGAUUGCCCGCUUGAUGCACGCCAACCUUGCCACGGAUAACCUCAACAUAGAAACAAUGGAAGCCCUGGUUGAUCAAAAAAAGGGGAAAGCAGAUGGCCUGAAAGACCCAAGCAUCAAACUGAUUGUCGUGCCAACCAGUCUUUCGGCCAGUGAAUGGAACAACAAUUCAUCAGCGACAAAUCCUCAAACACGCAAGAAACAGCAUUUUGCCAGCGACCACGCAGCCCCGGAUCUGAUCCUUCUCGACCCAGAAGUAGCAGCUACAUCGCCUCGGAAACUCUGGCUAUCAAGCGGCAUCCGCGCUGUAGAUCACUGCGUCGAGACCAUGCUCAACAAACAGUGCACAGAGGAGAUCUUCUUUCACAUGGAAAACGCACUCCGAACGCUCCUGCGCGGCUUGAAAUCCUACAAAACAGGUGAGGCAGACGACAAGUACUCUGAGCUUCUCGAAGGUAUCGCAAAUUGCCAACUUGGGGCUCGAGAUGCGAUGAUGGGCCUGAUUCUGUGGGAUAUCCCAAUGGGGCUUUCGCAUGCUAUUGGGCACCAGUUGGGCAGCAUUUGCGGCGUUAUACAUGGUGUUACGUCGUGUAUCAUGCUUGCGCCUGUGAUAAGGUAUACAGCGACCAAGUCGGAUAAGCAGGGGGAGAUUCAAAAGCGGGUGCUAGAGAUUUGGAAUGGGGCGUUGUGUGCUGAGGAAUCGGAUCUUGCGGAUGCGGUUAGUGGUUUUGUCAGGUAUCUUGAGCUGCCCAGAACGCUGAAGGAGGUUGGUGUUGAGAAGCAAGAGGAUAUUGAUAAGGUGGCUGAAAGUACAUUGACGGAUGUUUUUGGAGCCAUGGAGGGCAUGGGCGGAAAGGAAGAUGUGCUUGCUAUUUUGGAUUCUGCAAAAGGCUGA